AGACACUCGAAGGCUCCACCCGCUGAUGACUUGUUAGUUCGGCCUUGGAAGCAGGAAAUGGGCGAGUUAAUGAGAGAUAACUUGCUCGGUGAUGACCUUUGCUUGCAUUAUAUGACUUCCUGCAGCGGUGUUGGUGCACAUCAGCUUUGCUGGGACGCCAACAAACAUUAACAAAUCAUUCGCCUGCAGAAAAGAACAUUCUGGGAUGCCGUUUUUGUGGGGGUGUGAGGGUGCUCCAGGGACUACAUUUCACCUGCACCCACUUGCAGCAGGAAGGAGAAGCUGACACCUUGCCGGAGAGGAGAGGCUGCGGAGCAUCAUGUUCUUGGCUUGCACGCACGUGUGAAGAGCGAGACGAGGAGGGGGGGGGCUUCACACUUCACUUCUCCUGCAACAAGCAGCGACAAGAAGCCUGCAGAUCUAUCGCCACUGACCAAGUUCAAGCAAGAUGGCGACAAGAGGCCUCAUGCACUGCCUCCUUCUGAGCGUCUUACUCACCGCCUGCGCCGCUGGCCUCGUAAAAAAGAUGCUCCGCCAUCGCCGCCAAACCCCUGAAGAACACAACAUCACCUUGCCUGGUGCCGACCAGCCUGUGGUUUUUAAUCACGUUUACAACAUCAACGUCCCUGCCAGCAGCCUGUGCUCUGUCAACCUGGACGGUCCCAAGAGCGUGCCCCAGACGGAGACUGCCGUCACCUCCGGCCGCCACGCCGCACACCAGGCCACGGACGGCGAGAACCAGAUCGUCUUCACCCACCGCAUUAACAUUCCUCGGCAGGUGUGUGGCUGCGGCGCCGAAGUGCCAGGCCUGAGAGACCUCAUGAGCCGCAUCGAAAUGCUUGAGGGGGAGGUGUCGGCGUUGAGGAGUCAGUGCGGAGGCGAGGGCACCUGUUGUGGCGCACAGGUGGCAGGGAACGUGAGAACGAGGCCUUUCUGUGGCGGCCAUGGUAACUACAGCGCGGAGACCUGCAGCUGUAGAUGUGAGCCUGGCUGGCAGGGUCCUAACUGCACUGAGUCCGAGUGUCCCAACAUGUGCCAGGGCCGAGGACGCUGCGUGGGAGGCAUGUGCAUCUGCUCGGAUGGUUUCCUUGGCGAGGACUGCUCAGAACUGAUCUGUCCCAAAAACUGCUAUGGGCGCGGGCGCUGCGUGAACGGCACCUGCCGCUGUGACCGAGGUUUCGGGGGGGAGGACUGCGGACAGCGCACUUGUCCCGGUGACUGUCACAGUAACGGCUUUUGCGUUGACGGCCGGUGCGUGUGCGCGGCAGGUUACAGUGGAGAGGACUGCUCCCGCCCCACCUGCCUCAACGACUGCAGCGACAGAGGCACGUGCUUCAACGGGAUGUGCAUCUGCGACGACGGGUAUCAAGGGGAGGAUUGCAGCCAGUUGGCGUGUCCCAACAACUGCAACAGCAGAGGCCAAUGCAUCAAUGGACAGUGUGCGUGUGAUGUCGGCUUCCAAGGAAGCGAUUGCUCUGAGCUAUCUUGCCCGAGCAACUGCCUCCAGAGGGGUCGCUGCAUCAAUGGGCAGUGUGUGUGCCAGGAAGGAUUCGCCGGUGAGGACUGCAGCAUCAAGACCUGCCCCUCAAACUGCUUUGGCCGUGGUGACUGUGUUGAGGGGCGUUGCAGGUGCCACCCCGGAUUCGCUGGUGACGACUGUGCCCAGCUGAGCUGCCCUAACAACUGCCGUAACCACGGUCGCUGCAUAGAUGGGCAGUGUGUGUGCGAUGAGGGAUUCGCCGGGGAGGACUGCGGUCAGAAAGCGUGCCCAAACGACUGCUUGGCUCGAGGAUACUGCGAUGACGGCGUAUGCGUCUGUCAGGAGGGCUACUCGGGGGUUGACUGCUCUGUGCAAACCUGUCCAGACAACUGCAACAACAGGGGGCGCUGCAUCAACGGGAGGUGCACCUGUGAGAGUGGCUAUGAAGGGGAGAGCUGCGCAGAGCUGAGCUGCCUCAACAACUGCCACGACAAAGGGCACUGUGUCAAGGGUCAGUGCCUCUGCGACGAGGGAUAUAUUGGAGAUGACUGCUUUGAAGUGUCCCCUCCAAAGGAUCUCUCUGUCGGCGAGGUCACCAUGGAGACGGUGGACUUGUCCUGGAUCAAUGACAUGCUGGUUACUGAAUACCUUGUCACAUACGUGCCCACCCAGCCCGGCGGGCUCCUGCUUGAGUUCACCGUGCCGGGAGACCGAACCACUGCCACGGUCAAAGAGCUAGAGCCGGGCUUAGAGUACCAGAUCAACGUGUACGCCGUCCUGAGCAACAAGAGGAGUGUACCAGUCAGCGCCAGGGUGGCCACAGCUCUUCCACAGCCAGAAGGUUUGAGGUUCAAGUCUGUGAGGGAGACCUCCGUUGAGGUGGUGUGGGAGCAGCUCAACAUCCCCUUUGACGGCUGGGAGAUCUACUUCCGCAACACGAAAGAAGAAAACGGAAAAGUGGUGAGCACCGUUCCUUCAAAUCAAAAUCACUUCCUUCAGUCAGGCCUCGGACCGGGGCAGGAGUAUGAGGUGUCCAUCAGCGUCAUCAAGAACAACACCAGGGGACCUCCGACGUCCAAACGAGUCACAACCAACAUCGACGCCCCACAGCAGCUGCAGGUCCAGGAUGUUACCGACUCCUCGGCCCUGGUCAGCUGGUCUCAGCCGGCGGCACCGUCGGACCGGGUCACCAUCUUUUACAAGCCUAGCUCCGCCCCCUCCGAGGACGCCAAGGUGGAGAUUUUCCCGCCGGACAAGCAGCACAGCCUGGAGGGUUUGAAGCCCGACACCGAGUACACAGUGUCCCUCGUCUCUCGCAGGCAGGACGCCAACAGCGAGCCCACCAUCACCACCUUCACCACAGGGAUAGAUGCCCCCAGGCAUCUAGUGGCGGUGUCCCAGACAGAGGACAGCAUCACCUUACGCUGGCGCAAUAGCCGGGCCAACGUGGACAGCUACCGCGUGAAAUACAGCCCACUGUCGGGGGCCGCUCACGGCGAGGAAGUGUUCCCUCGAGGACCGGGAGACACCACUACCGCCACAAUCAGUGGGCUAAAGCCAGGGACAGAGUACGGGAUUGGCGUGACCGGGGUGAAGAACGAGCGUGAGAGUCUGCCAGCCACCGUGAACGCAGCCACGGACCUCGACCCUCCAAGAGCUUUGGAGCAAACCGGAUCCACCGAGACCUCCAUCUCCAUCCAGUGGCAGAAGCCCCACGCCAAAGUGACCAGCUACAGGCUGGUGUACGUCUCCAGAGACGGACAAGUGGAGGAGGCCGAGGUCCCGCCCACUGACACCUCCUUCAUCUUACUCGACCUGACGCCCGCUAUGAGCUACUCCAUCACCUUGACAGCGGAGCGAGGCCACAAGAUGAGCUUGCCGGUCACUCUGACCGCAUCCACAGUAGCUCCCAAAGCUUCCCCUCCAGAUGUCCUGGGCCCAGCAGCCCCCACACCGUCUUCUCAGGAUCUUCAAACGCCAGCCAAACCCCUGCAGCCAGAAACCACCGCAUCCUCGGGAGACCUCAGGGUCCUAAGUGUUACCUCCACUAGCAUUAGCCUGGCCUGGUCCGUGCCGGACCAGUCUUACCAGAGCUUCUCGGUGGAGCUCCUCGCUCCGUCGGCGCCCACACGUGUGAUGGUGCUAACAGGAAGUGGGAGGAGCGUGGAAAUGGAGGGCUUGGCCCCCUCGACGCUCUAUGAAAUAACAUUGCAAGGAAUGUUGGAGGGGAACUUCACUUGCUUAACUCUCAAAGGUUUUGCUACAACAGAGGCACAGAAGCCCUCAGUGGGCAACCUCACCUUUUCCGACAUAACGUGGGAUGGCUUCACGGCGUCCUGGAGCCCCUCGACCGGUGCCGACUUUGACAGCUUUGUGGUGGAGGUAACAAACUUGGACAAUAUGGCGGAGAGCCAGAACCUCACCGUGUCGGGGGGCGCCCUCAGUCUGGGCCUGUGGGGCCUGAACGCCAACACCAGCUACAUGGUGGGCCUGUACGGGCUCUACCGGGGCUCCUUCCUUGAGCCCGUGUACGCCGAAGCCGCCACAGCGUGUCAGCCGUCGCUCGGCCAUCUUUACGUGUCAAACUUGACCUACGAGAGCUUUUGGGUCACCUGGAACGACACUGAAGGAGACUUUGAUGGUUUUGUGCUGGAGAUUAUUGAUUCUGAUUGGCUGAUGCAGCCGAGGGAGUAUAACCUGUCCCGCAAUGCGACGUCGCACGAGGUCUCGGGGCUGCGGCCCAGCUCCGACUAUGUAGCCUACCUCUACGGGACGUUUAAGGCAUCCCGAACGAGAGCUGUCAGUGUUGUUGCAUCGACAGCGGAAGAGCCCGAUUUGUCCAGGCUAGUUGUUUCUAACGUUACCUCAGACAGAGUGUCUCUGUCAUGGCGGGCGGGCGACAAGGCGUUUGAUAACUUUGUAGUAGAAGUCAGAGAGUCUGCUUUGCCCUCGCAGGCGAUGGGCCAGGCACUGCCAGCCCACGUGCGCUCCACGGUCAUGGCCGGCCUUAAAGCCAGUACACGCUACGACAUAAAGCUGUACGCCAGCGCCGGCGGCCGCAACACGCAUUCCUUAUUUGCUGUCGCUACCACAGGUAGGACACCGCAAGCGCAUGGUGACCCCAGCAGUUCACAGUCACCCGAGACUGAACUGCCAUCUUCUUCUCUUUGUUCAGAGGAUGUCCCCCUGUUGGGGCCCAUAGCUGCUUCAUCUCCAAGUCCGCAUAACCUCACCUUGACAUGGAGCACUGUGUCGGGCCACUUUGAUGGCUUUGUUAUCCGGGUCAGUGACUCGGAUCAGCAGUCUGGGCCGCAGGAGUUCAGUCUGCCCGGUGACGCCACAAGCUUUAUCCUCUCAAACCUGAUGGACGCCACGGGCUAUAAUGUUGAACUGUACGGCCUUUCGCACGGGCGCCGCACUCCCUCGGUGGUAGCCCAUGCCGCCACAGCUCCUUUGCCCAAAGUGGAAAACCUGACCAUUUCCAACGUCACCCCCUUCGGUUUUCGUGUGUCGUGGGGGGUGAAGCAGCGGCAGGCCCGGGAGGAACCGACGCCCUCCAGUGGCCCUUUCAGCCACUUUAACCUAGUGGUGACCGACUCGGGCUGGCUGCUGGCACCCCAGGAGUUCACGGUGCCAGGGAACCAGAGCCACCUGGACAUCGGGGGGCUCAUCACUGGUAUAGGCUAUGAGGUCAGGCUGACGGGCGUUUCAGAGGCAGGGCUCCACUCUCGGCCCCUCUCCACUGUGGCUGUCACAGAGGCGGAACCCGAGGUGGAGCAUCUGUUUGUCUCCGACAUCACCGUUGACAGUUUUCGCGUGUCGUGGGCGGCGGACGAAGACCUCUUUGACAGAUUUGUUAUCAAACUGCGAGAUGGCAAGAGGUCGGGACUCCCUCAGGAGCACCUCGUCGCCGGCGACCAGCGAACCAAGCUAAUCACUGGACUUGCAGGGGGCACAGAGUAUGAAAUUGAGCUUUAUGGAGAUUCUUUGGACCACACAUCCCAGCCAAUCUUUGGGGUAGCUCAGACAGGCCUGAUGACACCAAAGGGCCUUCGUUUUUCUGACGUGACCGACUCCUCAACUGUCGUCCACUGGUCAAUGCCUCAGUCGGCAGUCGACAACUAUCGCAUCACAUACGUGCCACUUGAAGGGGGAAACCCCAUGAUGGUGACUGUGGACGGCCACGUCCUUCAGGCCUUGCUGCCCAACAUGAGUCCUGGCAAGAUGUACCAGGUGACCGUCACUGCAGUGAAGGGUCUGGAGGAGAGCGACCCCAGCGUUGACUCCAUAACCACAGUUUUGGACCGACCUCAAGGUCUGACUGCAGUGAACGUAACUGACAGCUCCGCUCUGUUGCUGUGGCAACCAUCUGUAGCCUUGGUGGAUGGCUACGUCAUCAUGUACAGCUCUGAGUCAGCAUCCCCAGUCGUGGAGCAGGUUUCCGGGGCAACGACGGAAUUAGCCAUGCGGUCACUGGCUCCGGGAAGCCUCUACACGGUGGAGCUCUUUGCCACCAAAGAGGCUCAGAAGAGUGCAUCUGUUGGAACAGAAUUCACCACUGAUGUGGACCCUCCGCGAGAUCUGAUGGCCGUUAACAUUCAAGCAGACAGCGCCACUCUGUCGUGGAAACCUCCACAGGCUGCAAUCAGCGUUUACGUCCUCACCUUCUCCUCGCCGGACGGCUCAGCCCGGGAGGUGACGCUGAGCCCCACGGCCUCGUCUUACAUCAUGGCCCAGCUGGCCAGAUCCACAGAGUACACGGUCCAAAUGCAGGCCGUCGCCGGAGACAGGAGGAGUCGCCACAUAACGACCACCUUCACGACAGUUGGAGAGCUGCACAGACACCCCAAAGACUGCGCUCAGAUCUUCCUGAACGGACAGACGGCGUCGGGCGUGUACACGGUCUACGUGGGCGGCGUGGACAGCCAGGCCAUCCAGGUGUACUGCGACAUGGACACGGACGGCGGUGGAUGGAUGGUCUUCUUGAGACGCCAGAACGGCAGGCUGGACUUCUUCAGGAACUGGAAAAACUAUACGGCUGGGUUUGGUAACGUCAAUGACGAGUUCUGGUUGGGUCUGAGCAACCUUCACAAGAUCACGUCUGCUGGACAGUACGUGCUGCGUGUGGACCUGAGGGACAGCGGCGAGUUGGCCUACGCUCAGUAUGACAGGUUCAGCAUCGCAGAGCCCAGAACGCGAUACAAGAUCUCUAUCGGGGCUUACAGCGGGACGGCAGGCGACUCCAUGACAUACCACCAGGGGCGCCCCUUCUCCACCUACGACAACGACAACGACAUCGCCGUCACCAACUGCGCUCUGUCCUACAAAGGAGCUUUCUGGUACAAAAACUGCCACCGCGUCAACCUGAUGGGCAAAUAUGGCGACAGGAGUCACAGUAAGGGCGUCAAUUGGUUCCACUGGAAGGGACACGAAACCUCCAUUCAGUUCGCCGAGAUGAAGAUGCGACCGGCGGACUUUGGGAGUCUCGAGAGCAGGAAAAAAAGGUCGUAGUCGCAAGACCACAUGACGCUUGCUGCUCAAACACACAACGAGCACACACACACACACACACACACACACACACACGUGCCACAUUCACGUUCAGAAAAUACAUUUUCAACAACUUUUUCAUCAUUUAGUAUUCUCAGGACACGUAAGUCAUAUUUCAAUUGGAAGAGGAGGUGUAACUCCCGCUGCAAAGGAAAAUAAAGACAUGAAAACAAAUGUGUGCCUACUUCACUUCCUUUUGCAGCCAGCAGGUGGCACUGUUGCCCGGUCUGCACCAAACAUCCCAUUUACCUGCACGCUGCUCCUCAUUAUUAUUAUUAUCAUCUUUCUCAUUCAUUUCGGUGAUUCAUUACAAAAACAAAAAACGUACA